CACAUACACACACCCCCUCCGCCACCUCCCACACACAACACACCCCUCCCCAAAAAAUAAGCCAUUCCGCAAUCGGACACGGGGGUAAUCUAUCGCCCACGAUCAGCAGGAACUUUUUCUCUCUCUCUCUCUCGAGCCCUAUAAUGCACCCUACCUCCAGUAUGCUAGGCGCAGUGAAAAUGGAAGGACACGACCACACAGACUGGAGUUCCUACUAUGCAGAGUCCGAGGGUUACCCCUCAGUAAGCAAUAUGAAUGGGGGGAUUGGAAUGAAUGGCAUGAACACCUACAUGACUAUGUCCGCGAUGGGCACCACGGCCAACAUGACAGCAGGGUCCAUGAACAUGUCUUACGUUGGCACCGGCAUGAGCCCGGCUAUGACUGGCAUGUCCCCCGGAGCAGGGGCAAUGAAUGGCAUGGGAGCAGGCAUGACGGGCAUGGGCAGCGCCUUGAGCCCCAGCAUGAGUCCGAUGAGCGCCCAGGCGACUUCCAUGAACGCCCUGACCUCGUACACCAACAUGAGCAUGAGUCCGCUCUACGGCCAAUCCAACCUGAACAGGUCCAGGGAUCCCAAGACCUACCGCCGCAGUUAUACCCACGCCAAGCCUCCUUACUCCUACAUCUCCCUUAUCACCAUGGCCAUUCAGCAGUCUCCCAACAAGAUGCUGACUCUCAGUGAGAUCUACCAGUGGAUCAUGGAUCUGUUCCCUUUUUACCGCCAGAACCAGCAACGUUGGCAGAACUCCAUCCGCCACUCGCUCUCCUUCAAUGACUGUUUCCUGAAGGUGCCCAGAUCCCCAGACAAACCGGGCAAAGGCUCGUUCUGGACCUUGCACCCUGACUCGGGGAAUAUGUUCGAGAACGGCUGCUACCUGCGGCGCCAGAAGCGCUUCAAGUGCGAGAAGAAGCAGGCGCUAAAGAAUUCGCAGCAAGACCCCGGCCGCAAGGCGUCCGAGAGCUGCUCCGCCGGCAGCGGCACCGAUACCAGCGCCGGGAACGAGUCACCGCAGUCCGGCGGGUCUCCCGGCGGCGGAGGCGGAGGAGGAGGAGGCGAGCCCAAGAGACCGCUGGCUGACCUCAAGUCCCGGAGCUCCACCCUGAGCCCGGAGCACGGUAACGGAGCGGUGAGCCAGGCGCCUCCGCCACCGCCUCACCUCAUGCACCAGCAUCACCCGGUGCUGUCCCACCUGCCGUCGCAAGGUCAGGAGCACCUGAAACCCGAGCACCACUACUCGUUCAACCACCCGUUCUCAAUCAACAACUUGAUGUCUUCCGAACAGCAACAUCACAAAAUGGACUUGAAGGCGUAUGACCAAGUAAUGCAUUACUCUAACUAUAGCUCCCCUAUGUCCGCCAACCUCCCCAUGACCUCCAAAGGGGUCUUAGAUCCAUCGUCCAUCGCCAACGACACGUCUUACUACCAAGGUGUGUAUUCCAGACCAAUCAUGAACUCAUCUUAAACCUAUCCCCCUCUCACAAUCGGACUGGGUCAACUCUGUACAUUUUUGUAAGAAUUAUUAAUUAA